AUGGCACAAGAAAAUGGUACAGGUCUAGAAAUCAAUUCACUCUUUGAAAGUUCGGUAUUGGAGUCGGUUUGUCCUUUUUGUAAUGCCCCGGAUGAUGGCAAAAUGAUAAAUUGCGAUAAUUGCAAUCAGUGGUUUCACUUCAACUGUGUCGGUGUGAGUGAAAGUGAGUCGGAAAGAGACUGGAACUGCGCACAGUGCCAUGUUCAGGUCACAUCAGGCCAUUCAACACCAGCCGAAAGAACUAGGCAGGAAUCGGAAAGGAAUCAGCUAGCUUGCAUCCAGGAGUUACGUAAGCAAAUCGGAUUAUUGCAAAGAAGGCUGGCAUAUACUGAAGUGAGAGAAAAUCAGAGAGUGCAGUUCAAUACAGGAUCGAGGCCGAAUAGAAAUGAGCUCGAUGCAAAUUCAACGGGCGUUUUUCCGAAAGCAAAUUCGACGACUAUAGAUGCUAAUAAGAGUGCUUACGAAAAUGACGAAGAACUGGAAGAUGGGCUUCGAUUGUUAGAAGAGAAGCACGCUUUAGAGAAAAGACAACUCCAAGAACGUUUCUCUUUACUCCAACGACGGCGAUCAUCUGUGGGAAUAAACCAGACAGGGCUGACGACCGCGAAUUCAGCUGCUUCCAGUUCGACACUUUACAACGAGCUCAGUCGAAGCCAACUGGCGGCUCGACAGGCGGUAGCUCGUGAUUUACCCGUAUUUUAUGGCCAUCCGGAAGAGUGGCCCCUUUUUCAUGCUAGUUUCGAAAGCUCAACGAGAAUGUGCGGGUAUAGUGAUGAGGAGAAUCUUCUUCGGCUCCAACGAUGCCUUAAAGGAAAGGCGCUAGAAGCUGUCCGCAGUCGCUUGUUGCAUCCGUCGAAUCUUUCAGGAAUUAUGAGUACUUUGAAAACGCUUUUUGGGCGUCCUGAAGUUAUAGUACAUUCGCUUGUUACACGCAUACGGGAAAUGCCGUCGCCAAAAGCAGAGAAGCUAAAUACUCUAAUCGAUUUCGGUGUGGCCAUUCAGAACGUUUGCGCUACAAUCAAGGCGUGUGGUUUGGACGAGUAUUUAUGUAAUGUUGCCUUAUUACAGGAGUUAGUUGAUCGUUUACCGCCCGCUAUUAAACUGAAUUGGGCAUUACACAGACAAUCUUUGCAACUGGUUACACUGUCGAGUUUCGGUGAUUGGCUAGAAAAACUGGUGGAAGCUGCUUGUGUUGUCACUAUAUCUCCGGUCGAACCGCCAAUCAAUAGAAAGAACCGUAAGCAAGAUGAUUACCUGAACGUUCACUCUGAAGAAACGAAACCAUUGAAACCUACCGGGAUACGAACAGCUAUACAACGGUGCGUAAUCUGCGAAGGAGCAUGCAGCUCUACAGAUGUCUGUAAAGCAUUCAUAAAUAUGAGCAUUUCAUCACGUUGGUCAGCGUUAAGGGAGAAAAGGCUUUGUAAAAAGUGUCUCAACAAACAUUUUGGAGCCUGCAUUAUAAAAUCCUCAUGCGGCAGGAACGGGUGUACAUUCAUGCAUCAUCCAAUGCUUCACGACGACGCAAGAUAUAAAGCAGUACAGUCGUCGAAACAACCAUCUUCUCAAAGCUGCAAUGCACAUUGUGGUUCAACUGGAAAAGUUUUGUUCAGGUACAUUCCUAUUAUUCUGCAUGGAAAGGAUGUUUCUGUCAGAACAUAUGCAUUUUUGGAUGAUGGGUCAUCGGCAACAUUCAUGGAUCAUAGCUUGGUAAAAGAACUCAAUCUAGAAGGUAUGCCAAGCCCACUGUGUUUAAACUGGACAGGCGGCCAGCAGCGUGAGGAGAGAGAAUCCGUUCGACUAACGCUGAAAAUUUCUGGAUUAGAGAAUCAUUGUAAAAAGUUUGUGCUCCCUAAGGUGCACACAGUCAGAACGCUUAGCCUUCCGCUGCAAUCGAUUUCAGUUCAGGACCUAUCACGACAAUACGCGUAUUUGAAAGGGCUGCCAGUCAACUCGUAUGAUUCUGUUUCCCCAAGGAUAUUAAUCGGAAUCGAUAACUGCCAUGUCGGCAAUGCCCUGAAGAGUGUAGAAGGAGCGGCAAACGAACCAGUUGCUACCAAAACGCGACUGGGCUGGUUGAUCUACGGUCCAUGCUCAGUUAGUACAAAUACACCAGGUAGUAGUUUCAACGCCUGCCACAGCUUUCACAUUUGUCCGUGUUUUGAGGAUGGAGACUCCUGUCUAAAUACUGAGCUGAAGAAAUAUUUCUCUAUGGAUUCUUUAGGCAUUGUACGCAAUACUGAACCAUUACUCUCAAAAGAAGAUGAGCGCGCUACACAGCUACUUCAGUCUCGAACACAUCGUAAAGGCAAUCGUUACGAAACUGGCCUUUUGUGGAGAAGGGAUGGAAUAGAACUGCCAGACAGUAAAUCCAUGGCCGAAAAGCGUUUAGUUUGUUUAGAGAGGCGGAUGAGUCGCGAUGAUCUACUAGCUAAAACAUUGGAAGAGAAAAUAAGAGAAUAUGAAUCAAAAGGUUUUAUACGAAAGUUGAGCCCUAAGGAAGUUGCUGAGAAGCACCCACGGAAGUGGUAUUUACCGAUUUUUCCGGUUAUGAAUCCUAACAAGCCCGGUAAGGUUCGGAUAGUAUGGGAUGCCGCUGCCAGAGUAGGCGGACUUUCAUUAAAUUCUGUCCUGCUAACUGGACCAGACCAGCUUGCAUCUUUGCCAUCUGUAUUAUACAGGUUCCGAGAGUAUCGCUUCGCUAUAGCAGCCGACAUACGAGAGAUGUUCCAUCAAGUAGAGAUCAAUGAAGACGAUCAACAAAGCCAGCGGUUUCUGUGGAGAGAUGGGGAUUCAAGGAGGUCUCCUGAUGUGUACAUAAUGAAGGUGAUGACCUUCGGAGCCACAUGCUCGCCUAGUUGCGCUCAAUUUGUGAAAAACACCAAUGCUGCACGUUUCCAGCAACAGUUUCCACGAGCCGUAGCUUGUAUACAGAAAGAUCACUACGUUGAUGAUCUUCUGACUAGUGAAGAGAACGAAGACGAAGCUAUACAACUGGCCUCAGACGUACGGUUUAUCCACGCACAAGGAGGUUUUGAGCUCCAUAAUUGGCUAUCUAAUUCAAAUAGGCUGCUAGAAACGGUCAGCGAGGCAGGCGCUGUCGAGAAAGAUUUAAAUCUCAGCUCCGAAAUGGCAACGGAAAAAGUCUUGGGCAUGUGGUGGAGUAUUUCGUCGGAUACGUUUACGUUCAAACUUUCACCAAAACAUGAUAGAGAACUACUUAGCGGACAGAAGAUUCCGACAAAGCGCGAACUCUUAAAAACACUCAUGAGGAUUUACGAUCCCUUGGGAUUGAUGACUGGUUUCUUAAUGUUCCUUAAAAUUCUUCUUCAAGAGGUGUGGCGUGCAAAAACAGAUUGGGACGCAGAAAUACCGCCAGGGCUGGCAGACAAAUGGAUGGAGUGGUUAAAAGUUUUGCCGCAAGCUGAGAGGCUAAGCAUUCCCCGUUGCUAUCGACAAACUACGACAGCAGCAGAGGAUAACGUUGCUCAAUUGCAUAUUUUCGUCGAUGCAGGACGGGACGGACUGGUCGCCGUGGCAUAUCUGAGAUUCGAGCAGGCGGGUACAAUAGAAUGUGCCCUAGUAGGAGCGAAAGCUAGAGUUGCCCCCUUGAAAUAUGUGUCGGUUCCGCGUCUUGAGCUGCAAGCCGCUGUGAUCGGAACACGCAUGGCUGCUAGCAUUGCCGCAGUGCACCGCGUGAAGAUAUCUGAGAGAUACUUCUGGACGGAUUCUCGGGACGUUAUUUGCUGGAUCAUAUCCGACCACCGACGAUAUUCUACAUAUGUUGCACACAGGCGGAUGAAGGCACAAAAUGGCAGAAAAUACCCGACCUUACCGCAUCCGGUCGUUGGUUCACCGGGCCUGAUUUUCUCAAAGAACCAAAAAAUCAAUGGCCGGUGA